UAGCGGGAUUAUUUGUAUCGACAACCAGACAAUCCCGUUCAAACCCCGGUGCUUUCUACUUUGCCAUCGGUCUAAAACAUUCUGGAGAGGUCUUACAUAUCUCUCCAUGUGAAACCAUGCGGCCAUGCUUAAGAAACCCAACAUCCUCUGCUGUGGUGGUGGACUGCAGUUACUGAACACCCCAUGCCUGUCCUCGCCACUUCGGUCUCGUGCUUUCCCCUCACAGUCUCGCUAUUCCGCCAGGCGCUAUGCCACCGCUUCUCACAACCCAGAGACGGAUCUCUCAUGGCCGUCAUCUCCCACUUUCACCCCAUAUGAGCUAUUUAAACAAGAUCGGACCGCGCCAUAUUCCAAGACUCGCUAUUAUGAAAUGGUCAAAAUCUACCAUCCGGAUCGCCCAUGUAGCGGACAUCCACUAUGCAGAGACCUCACACCCGAAGUGAGACUUCAGCGAUACCACAUCCUAGUGGCUGCGCAUGAAAUUCUAUCUGACCCUAGUAGACGGGCAGCCUACGAUUUCAGUGGCGCGGGGUGGAACCUCCAUCCGUAUGAAACGCCGAUCCCAUCCUGGGCUAGAACGGGCUCCAGUAACUACGGUCCGAUAUACGCGAACGCGACGUGGGAAGACUGGGAAAGGUGGAAUAAUCGUCACCAGGGAAAGCAGCAGACUCUGGUGGACCAUCGGACCUUUGCGACAUUCGUGAUACUUCUGACAUUAAUGGGCGGAGCGCUCCAGGCAUCUUGGAUUAGCAAGCUCAGCAGCGGUUACGAAGACCGGCUUUGGGAGCUGAACCAAGAGUCAUCCCGCCUUUUGAAAGGGCGCAGGGAGAACACUCAGCAUCAAAUGCAGUCGGUAGAUGCAAGGGUCCAACACUUCCUUAUCCGAAGAGACCCGUCCGGGUGUGGGUUGAAGGAGGAAGAACAGCCGGUUUAUAAGCAAGUUUUACAUUCCCAAAAAAGCUCCGACGACUCACCUGCGGAGGUUAUUGGAUCGGAGAGACAGGACUGUAGAGUCUUACAAGAUUCAGUCCAGGCGGAAACUAGCAGUUGACAUAGACUGCAUGCGUAGCUCGUUCGCGG